AUGACAAUAGAUUAUACUUCUGGUUUGAUAACUGGACAGCUUAAUCCUGUUAAACCGCAGGAUUUUGUUUUUUAUGCGGUGACUGAAUUUGCACUUUACGCUGACAUAUCGAAAUUAAUAAUCGGACUCGUAUGUUAUACAGCAGACAGUUGUGAUCUAGACUUUGCCAAAGAAGUUUUACGCUUUGAUUGGCUUGCAAUUCAAAAUCAAGUUAAGAAUUUGAGAAGAUCUUUAGCAGAUAUGUUAUUCAAUUCAACUGAUACACGACCUCUAGACACAUGUCAACGUGGACAGCCAUGUCCUGAUCAAGGAUUUUGUGAAGUAAGUUAUCGAGACUGGCGUAAUAAUAAACCUUCGACAUUUUCAAGUUUAUGUUCAAACUCGACAAAUCAACCAAUGCUUCACUGGAGUCAAAUACUUUCUGUUGAAACGACACUUGACGAGCUAACCUACACUUGCAAUAAACCUUCCUGUGCCUCACGAACACUGACUGAUGAUAUCGUCCAAAUAAUUGAACGUCAGUAUAUCUUACCCGUGAAUGUCACCAUUCCACCAACAACUACAACUACUCAAACAUCUACAACAUCGUUAACAUCAAGAACAACGACAACCGUAGUCACAUCUGCGACAACAACUGAAGAGAAGAGCGCAGCUACAUUAGUUUAUAUGAAUUAUACUAAAACAAUUAUUUUUACAUUUAUUUUUCUUAUUGUAGCAUGUCUAUUUCAAUUUAAUUAUAUCAAUUGA